AAAAGGCAAAUUUUAUAUACGGUUUUUAAAUUAUAAAUAACGAAAAGGCGCACUCAGAAACCCUGCAGAAGAACCUCACGCCACUCGCUCAACUCAGCAACCAAUUCGGCGGCAACUCGACUCAGUCCGAGAAGAAAGAGACACAGGUGUUUGUUAAUUCUGUAAUAUCCAUGGCUACUGCUGCUUCGUAUUCGUAUUCAGCAUCUUCAAUGAGUAAGGUUAUGCCUUUUCGCGGAGCAAAAGGAGGUUAUCGUAAUGAGUUUUUGUGCAGUCAGUCGAAGUUUUUGAGGCAGACAGUUGAGUCUAAGUCGAUGUUUUUGUCUGCUGAUAAUAAGUACUCGAGGAGUCGAAUGCAAAUCAGGGCAAUGAGUGUUGACAAGGCUCCUUCGUUCUCCACGGGGAAUAAGUUUCAGCUGAAUGAUAUUCUUGAAGCUCAGCAGUUUGACAGGGAUACUCUUACUGCGAUAUUUGAUGUUGCUCGUGAGAUGGAGAAGAUUGAGAUUAACUCGCCAGGCAGUCAGAUUCUUAAGGGAUAUCUCAUGGCCACACUUUUCUAUGAGCCUUCAACGAGGACUAGGCUUUCGUUUGAGUCGUCUAUGAAACGAUUAGGCGGAGAAGUUUUGACCACGGAAAAUGCACGGGAAUAUUCAUCAGCAGCGAAAGGAGAGACACUAGAAGAUACUAUAAGGACAGUUGAAGGGUAUGCCGAUAUAAUUGUGAUGAGGCACUUUGAGAGUGGUGCUGCCAAAAGAGCUGCAAAUACAGCUAGUAUUCCUGUUAUUAAUGCUGGGGAUGGUCCAGGACAGCACCCAACUCAAGCUCUUCUAGAUGUUUACACGAUUGAAAGGGAAUUAGGUAAACUUGAAGGUAUUAAAGUUGGAUUAGUUGGAGAUCUUGCGAAUGGGAGGACAGUUCGCUCACUUGCAUAUCUGCUCUCCAAGUACCCAAAUGUAAAGAUCUACUUCGUUUCUCCUGAGGUGGUGAAAAUGAAGGAUGACAUAAAAAUGUAUCUCACCUCAAAAGGUGUUGAAUGGGAAGAAAGUGCUGAUCUUAUGGAAGUGGCUUCCACCUGUGAUGUAGUUUAUCAAACUCGCAUUCAGCGAGAACGAUUUGGAGAGAGAACUAAUGAUUAUGAAAAAGCUCGAGGCAAAUACAUAGUUGAUAAGGCAGUCUUGGGUGUGAUGCAGAAGCAUGCAGUGAUCAUGCAUCCUCUCCCCAGGCUUGACGAGAUAACUGUGGAUGUUGACGAGGAUCCAAGAGCCGCAUACUUCAGACAGGCAAAAAAUGGUCUAUAUAUUCGAAUGGCUCUGCUAAAGCUUCUACUUGUUGGUUGGUGAGAGGGGUGAUUUCUCAUCAAUCUGCAUUAACAUUUAUCUCGUUAAAACUUCCCAAGUUCUGGUUAUUUGCAGUGUAUGAGAUUUUUUGAAAUGGCAUUUGCGUUACUUUCUGCAACCAUCAUUCUCAAUGUUUUGUGAGACAUGUUUGUCCUCAUUAUUGUUUGUUAGGAGAUUCCUUACUAGCUAGAAGUAGCCUAGGUUUAAUUGCUUGAAAAAAAUACUUUUAUUUUUGGUGGCUUGCAAGUGAUUUCAAGUAUAGUCUGUUAA